AAAACGAGGCGAUAUUUCAAUAAAUCAUCCUUGAAACUUAUUAAAGAAAUAUGUCUGUACAUCAAGUUCAUGAAAUUUUCAUACAAACAAAAGAAAAUGCUCUUCGUGAAUUUUCAUUUGUCGAUGAAGAAACAGUACCAUUAAAUGCUUCAAAACCUGUUCCAUUACAACCUCUGAAACCAACAUCAGCUAUCGUGAUUACGGGAUAUAUUCCUCCUGAUGCUUUGAGAUUUUCAGUUAAUUUAUUGUGCAAAAAGGCUGAAAAUAUUGCAUUGCAUUUUAAUGCACGAUUAGACAGAGGUUAUGUGGUUCGAAAUUCAAAAUUUAAGGGUUGUUGGGAAGAGGAAGAAACUUGUUCUCCUGCAGGACAUAUUGCUUUUCGGCGCAAUUCCUAUGUGCAUGUUUUAAUUUUUUGUACUGCUAAUGAAUAUCAAAUUGCAGUAAAUGGAGAACAUUUUUGUGCUUUUGCAUAUAGAAUACCUCUUGAAGAUAUAAUAAAUCUAGAAAUUAAUGGAUCAUUAGAAGAUGCUAGAUUUAGACAAUUGGAAUUAUUCAUUUAUCCUGAUCCAAAAUUAUGCAGACCAAAUAACAUUUUAACUUUAAAAAUUGAUCAACCACUCAUCGAUUUUCUUGAUGUUCCAAUCACAGUAGACAUUGAAAAUGAAUUUAAAAUAGGAACCAGACUUUUCAUUGCAGGAAGAUUGAAACUUCUUCCACAUUCAUUUUACGUAAAUCUACAAAAAGGAAAAGCAAUUUAUCCACAUCCAGUAAUUGCAUUACAUUUAAAUCCUCGUUUUUUAUAUGGCAGCAAUGUACCCUAUGUUGUAAUGAAUUUCUGGACAAAUGGAUCUUGGGGAUAUGAAGAAAGGCAUUUAGGUCAUUUGUCAUGGAUGCCUGGUCGUGAUUUUCUUCUGACAAUUCGAUGUGAAUUUGAAGCAUAUACAAUAUGGUUAGGAAACAAAAUGAUUGGUGAAUUCAAACACAGAUUACAACCAUCCAUCAUUGAUACUCUUAAAAUAUCUGGAGAUAUCGUACUUCACGAACUAGCUAUAACAUAUUCAAAUUAAAAUUUUUGGUUUGAAAAUUUUUAAUUAUUUGUUAUUUAAUAUAUAUAUAAUAUAUAUAUAUAUAUAUAAUCAUUAUAAUGAUUUUUUUUAUCCUAUUUAUCUUUUUUGCUAUUUAUAAAGAUAAACUUUUUGGAAUAAUAUUUCAUUAUUGAUUAAAAUUCAUUUAUAUUAUUGACAGAUUGUAUAUGAUUUUCAGCUCAAAAUAACUGCACAAUCAAAACACAAAUUGAUAAUGUUUUAUCAAUAUUUCAUUUUCUUUAUCUUGAGUAGUAAAAAGUUUGGAUGAAGAUUGAAUUAAUUUAAAGAAUUGUUAUCAAAGAAACUUGAAAAAAUUAUAUUAUCUAUGCUUGCUAUUGCUUGCUAUGAUUGUCAAUUUUUUCAAAUAAUGAUUUGUGUUUGGACUGUACAACCAUUUAGAGCUUGUUGAUAUAUAAAUAGAUAAUAUAUUCAUAGAAUAUUUUUAGAACAAAUCAAAUAUAGAAAUCAAAAUUUAAUAUAUAAAAAAUAAUCUUUAUUUAUUAAGUUUGUUUUAAAUGAAGUGAAAUGAAGAUAGAAUAAAAAUUUUAUUCGUCAUUUCAUUCUAUUUCUGCUUCACUUCAUUUAAUGUAAAUUCUAAAUUGAUUAUUUAAUCAAUCGAUAUUUUCGUGUAUUAACUUUUAUAUUCAUUUGACUCUAUUCUUCAAAAUUGAUCCGCUAUUUUAUGUACAAUAAAAUAUAACUUGUAGAUAAUAAUAUAUUUAUAUAUAUUUGUUAAAUAAAAUUUUAAAUAUAAUUUAUAUUGUACUUUGCAAAAAUCAAUAUUUCUCAAAUAUUAUGUUUAUCAUUUUUUUUUCGAAAAAUGUAAUGUAAUAUAAUAAAAAAAAUAAUAUAAAUUGUAACAUUUUACAUUAAUAUAUUAAUUUUUGACAUAUAAGGAAUUAAAGGAUAAUAUAAAAUAUAAUAUAAAUAUAAUAAAAUAUAAAGGAAAUAAAGGAAAACUGUUCUAAAAAUUUA